AAGCGUAUGGAUGUUUUUGAGUUUGCAGGGUUGACACACACGUGCACGUUUCACUUCAGUCGUCAGCUCUUUUAUCUCUGUGACUGUGUUUUCUUUAUUUAGGCAUUCAACUUUAUCUCUGAUGAUGCACAGCUCACAGAAAGACACGACUUACACUAAGAUCUUCGUCGGCGGUCUGCCGUAUCACACCACAGACUCCAGUCUGAGGAAAUACUUUGAGGUGUUCGGAGAAAUCGACGAAGCUGUUGUCAUCACAGACAGACAGACGGGAAAAUCCAGAGGCUAUGGGUUUGUGACGAUGGCUGACCGCGCAGGCGCAGAACGAGCCUGUAAAGACCCGAACCCCAUCAUUGACGGGAGGAAAGCCAACGUCAACCUGGCCUACCUGGGGGCCAAACCUCGCAUCAUGCAGCCAGGGUUUUCAUUCGGUGUCCCUCAAAUACAUCCUACAUUUAUCCAGCGGCCUUAUGGAGAGAGCGAAGAGGAUCAUUCGUCACUGCUCUAUCCGUCCCCUUUCCGCCAGGUCAUGAGGAUUCCUUCUCAUUACGUGUACCCGCAGGCGUUUGUCCAGCCCAGCGUGAUGAUCCCUCACGUCCAGCCGUCAGCCGCCUCCCCCUCACCUUAUCUGGAUUACACCAGCGCCGCCUAUGCGCAGUACUCGGCUGCGGCCGCUGCAGCCGCCGCCGCAUACGAGCAGUACCCUUACGCCGCCUCCCCGGCAGCCACGGGUUACGUCGCUACCGGCGGCUACGGUUAUGUCCAACAGCCUCUGGCGUCACCUGCGCCCGGUGCCGCAGCGGCUGCGUAUAGUCAGUAUCAGCCGCAGCAGCUGCAGACAGACCGCAUGCAGUGAUGAGCGGCGUCUGUAGUCCUGAUGCUGAGAAGAGCCGGUCACUGGACCGUUUCUGGUCUCUGACAGUGUUAGCCAAAGAGAUACAGGAAAGACUUUUUUAUUGUUUUGUUAUUGGUAUGCAUACUACUGCUCUUUUAUUUGAAGUAUUUAAUAUUUAUUACACAAAACCUCAAACAUAGCGUUCUAUACUGACUGUCCAGUACUGUGUGGUUAGCAAUGUGUCACAGGUUGUAGAUUCAGAAUAGACACCAGUGAUCCACAUACACACAAAAAAUAAUUCUUAAAGGGACAGUUCACUUAAAAAAAUGAAUAUUCUGUCAUGACUUAAAUAGAACAUCACACUGACUCCCAUGUUGUGUCUGAAUCUUUACCAUAUAGUGUUUGUACUGAUGCCUACUGAUGCAUCUGAACAGUAUUAAAGUAGACAAUGUGUGCUAAUAUAAUUAUACAACAUUAUUUUUAUACAAUAUCGUUUUAAUCAUCAUAACAUGUGUUCAGAUUAACAAUGAUGGGGUCUCCAAAGUCUGACUCCAGACAAACACACACGAGUCACAUGAACGAUUGAUUGAUUUUGUAUAAAACAGGGCUAUUCAUUUUCUUUAAAAUGUUUAAUUGAUUUAAAAAAGUGUUGAACAGGAUUCACAGAUGUUGGUCAUGUCAAUAAUCACAAGUGUUGUUCAGAUCAGAGGAUCAAUGUACAUUCAUUUAUUUAUACACACACAACUCUAUAAGAGGUCCAGCAGUGAGCGGUUGGAUGGAGAUUGAUCAGAUUAGUUUUGGCCUCAGCUGUGCUUCUGUUGAUGCAGAUAAAGUGCCUUAUGGAUUGGUAUAUACAGUAUUUAUUAUUAUGGUAUUUGUAUUUGUUUCUACUGCUGCUGGAUCUCUUUUGAUCACAUUUACUCAAGAUAUGAAGCUGUACUGUAUGUUCACUGUCUGAUCAGUCUGCUGUGACCUCUAUUCUCUGUGCCUUACAUUGACUAUCUGAUAGCAUUUUACUGGUAUUUGAACUGGGUUUAUGGUGAAGUUGAAUUUGAUAUUGACAGGUCUGUCAGCACUACUGAGAAACACUGAUCUGAUGAGAGCACUGUUUUGUCAUUUUUUUGUAUUAUUAAUGUACUUGGAAACAUGGCUGCUAUCUCUGUGUAGCGUGCUGAAUUGUUUUACACAUCAGAAAUUCAUUACAGGGAAGAUAUUCUCCACUCAUUGAAGAACAUGUCAUUGUGUUUUCUCAGGUUAAAGCAACAAUGCUUCCUAUGAAUGAUUGAUAUUCAAUAAACUCAAUUCUCUUGUAUGUAAUGCUACUGUCAGUAUAUCUCCAUAAAUGUGUGUCAACGACAAGAAUCAACAACUGUCUUCUUAUAGCUUUUUAUGUGAUUGAUUUCUGUCUGUGUGGAUAUUCAACACUGGACCUUUAAGAAUCCUUUGAGGUCUUUUUUGAGGAAUUGUAUGAAAAUAACAUGUUUAUAACGGAAAAAAUACCAGCUCACUUUCUUUCUAUUUUAGGAUUUGUUUUUUAACAUCCUUAAUAUUGCUGUAUAAUACAUAUAAAAGAAAACAUACCAGAAAUAAAAAUGAUUAAUAUA